GUGUGUCCCCGACCCUGCCAUCAGUCAACUCUUACAAACUUACUACGCACGCGCGACAGAGAGCUUGCAAUAUGGCAUUUGCUGGAUCAACGAAAUCUAAUGGAUGUAAGAAAGCAAGAAUACUGUUAAAAGACAGAAGGCAUUGUGAAUAUUCAAUGAGGAGAAUAAUCAGCAUUCGGAGGAGACGAUCGGUUCAGAGAAUAAAAUCGAAAAUCAGAGAGCUGAAAGCAGAGAUGCAAGAGAUAGGUGUGGAACAGAGGAGUAUUAGAAUGGAGCAAAAGAAGGUAAGGGAAAAGUUUGAAGAAGUUGAAUCAAAGUGCCAACAAUUACGCAGGGAGAGUAGCCUGAUAAUGCAGCAGAGUGACAAAACCAGAGUCCGUUUGGUACUUAUGCUGCAUAUCCUAAAAGCUAGAGAAGACAACGAUUUGGCCAAAGCCACUCAGCUCACCCGGGCUCUACGUGAACUUAUAGCGAACCAGAAUCAGAACCAGUGAUCUGUGAUACACCACCUUUGGGCGAGAGAGGAGCCAAUAAAUAAUGGGAUAUGUCAAAGCAGUCCUACAAAAUGAAAAAAUUGAUUCAACUAUGGUUUGCUCUUUACUGCAUUAAUAAAGAAUUUUUAAGUGUGUGUGUGUGUGUGUGUUUUUUUUCUCCCAUUUGGCCUUUUACAGCUCCCAAGUUUGUAAAAUGCAUAUUAUUAUCCACUCCAAACAGAGAAGGUGAUUUGCGUUACCCUCAGCAUCCCACGACAGAGAGUUACGGUGUGAGAUAUAGCAGGCACAAGCUAUGAAUUCUGAAUGGUUAAAUGUUAAAUUUUAAUAAAACUGAUAUUUAACCAUUCUGAAUUGAGUUCGGCUUUUUAGAAUUACAUGUAUCACAACUCAAGGAGGUUUUAGGCUUCUUAGAUUUCGGGCUAAAUUAUUUUAGUUGGUGUCAAGAGUGUUUCUUCUUAGCAAAGUAUAUCCCAAAAGUCUGGUUUCUUAAUUUGCCCAAAAUUAUGUAUUCGAAGGAAUUGUAAAUUUAUCAUUGUCAUGUACUUUUGAAUUAUUCUCUCAAUGGAUAAAUUUCCACUUGUAGA